AUGAGCGGGCUGUGCUGCAGCCGAUGUGGCAUUAACACGGUGGACAUGAUCAAGUGGGAUGAUCAACAGUCAGCCUUCGUUUGGAUCGGAUCAAAUUUAGAUGUGGCGAACAACUGUGUCGUGCCCGGUUCGUAUCAAGCUGCUCAUUGGGACCCACGGGAAGAGACCAACAAGGCAUAUUGCAGCGGCUGCUGGGACUGCUGGGGUACCUAUGUCAGGUCGGGCAACAAGGCUUACAUCUUAUCCAAGUGCUGCGAGGCUUUGGCCUGCGCGGCAGGGGUAGUGGUGUCCGGACAACGGUGCGGGAAUCCCUUCCAGUGCGUGCAGUGCAACAAAUGCUUCAACAAGGGCACACUCGAGAAGCACCUGCAGAAGUACCAUGCCCAGUCCAGCUGGAAAGAGCCCUGGCAUUCGUGGGGUCCGGAUUGCUAUGGAUGCCUGGCAAGCCGUGAAGUGUCGAUGCAAACGAACUUUACGUGGGUGACUGACGAGUACCACUCCAAAGGUUUUUGGGAGUUCCUUGCCAAAGGCCCUGGAGGUGGCGAGGACUGGCAGCCUUUCCGGCAAAAUGUCCAAGAGGUGCUCGAGGCGCGUUUCAAGUCGCUUCAGAGCGAAGGGGGGCCCAGCGAAGUAUCGGUUCCCACGAAUGGGUACUCCUACAUCAUCGACCUGGAGGCCAUGACGCAGCGGAACCAGAACACCAACCGCAUGCGCCGCAUCAGGCGUCAAGAAAUCAAGCAGGCAUCCGGACCGCAGCUUCUGGAGCACGAAGCUGGCAUCGACUCAGGCAGCAAUUCCUGGCGCCAAAACCCCAACCGCGGAGACUUGUGUUCAGAACGUGACGCACUGGUUGUAGAGCGCAAUGAUUUACUAGCAGACCGGGUGCAGCUGCGUGCAGAUUGUGCUGAACUACAGCGACAGAAUGGUGACUUGCUAUCACAGAGCGCUCAUAUGACUGCUCAUAUGGAGAGAGAUCUUUCGCAUCAGCGCGAAGUGGUCAACGCUCUAAACUUGCAGGUUGCCGAGUUGCAGAGACAGCUGAGCGCCCCUCGAGCAGACCACCGCAAGCAGAUGGCUGUGCAGGAAUCCUGGCGCAUGGGUGCUCAGCUCAACCUUGCCAUUGUCCAUGGCCUACCUGUCCAAGACAUGGUGAAUCAGAGAAUCCAAGAGGCGCUGCGAGCGACGUGUCCUGCAGGUCAUCACAGCCAGUGUGCUCACAUGCGCAACGUGACUGUGGUGUCCGUCGAGCAGCUUCACAAUGUAAACUUGUGGAAGAGUUACGAGUUCCGCAAGGAGCAAAUUCGCCGAGAAUUGACGGCAUCAUUGCCACAGUCACACAUUAUGGAAUCGAACACUCAGCUGUCUGGGGCCUGUUCAUGGGCAAAGUUGGAUGCCAGCAUCAAUGAGAUGUUGGUAUUGCACGGCACUGCCCUUCAGAAUCUGGACAAAAUUGCACAAUUUGGUUUUGAUGAACGUCUUGCUCGGGAAGGUGGCUUGUUUGGGCAAGGCAUCUACUUCACAGACGAGAGUUGCAAGAGCGCCCAGUAUUCCGGAGCGUACUGCAGACACUCUGGAGUGACGGAAGAAGUGGGGUGUAUUAUCAUUGCACGUUUGGUUCUUGGCUAUCCUUACUUUGCAACGGGCCCGCUGAAGCAGUUGAAGACAGAGCCUCUUCGGGAUGAAGCCAAUGUCUCGCAAGGUCACUGCCACUGUGUGGUGGCACGGAGUGGAACUCCCAAUGGACAAGGAGGUGGUGCGAAGCAGGUCCACAAGGAGUUUGUGGUCUUCAACCGCUACCAAGCAUAUCCUGAACUGGUGGUGCGUUUCAAAGUGCAGUGA